UGGCUCCUCCCAGGAAGGCGUGGCGACCGGGCUGGGUGGGGCUGGGUGCCCGGUGUGCCUCUCUCGGCCGGCGGUUGGGGGCGCAGAAACCACUAGGCGCUGCUUCCGACGGGUGGGGGUGGUGGAAGGCGAGCCGCGCGGGUGGACGGCGGAGCGGAGCAUGGAGUGGCGGGCAGACGGGGGGCGCCGCCGCCCUCGGGACCCUCGCGGAUGGACGCCCUCCAGGUGGGCGGUGCACUUGGCAGCUUUCGUCCUCGGUUCUUCCUUCCUGUUGGCUCAGGGCCAAACAACCAUCUUUUACGACAUCUCGAUCCUGACGAACCCACCAGAGACGUUAGAAGGGCGGACUGUCAACCUGAGCCUCAAACACAAGCCGGCCAAUUUUGCGUUCUGCAACUGGUACCGAGCGCUCGACACGAAAGAACAUGUGAUCGUCACGCACUACCUACCGCCACUCGCUGGGAACACGACAGGGCCUUCCUACACCGGGCGUGAAGUUGCGGGCUUCGGCUGCUCUCUGCUCAUUCAAAACCUAACUUUGAAUGACUCCGGAGACUACGUGGUAACCAUGAAUGGACCUUCGGUGCAAGGGAAAGGGAAUGUAAAGAUUCAAGUCUUAGGUGCUGUCCUUAAAGUCACCGUCACCGGGCCUUCUCAUGUGCUAGAAAACCAACCUGUCACUUUUCAUUGUUCCUCUUUGGGUUUCAAUGUUUCCUACUCCUGGUUGAAGGGAGGCCAACCGAUUGAAGCAGGAGGGAAGGUCCUUGUGAAGAACAACAGCCAGACCCUCACGCUCCUUACAACUUCUCGAAGUGACGCAACCAGCUAUACCUGUUCUGGGCAAAAUAGCUUCUCGGCCAGCAGCAGUGAGCCUCACCAGCUUGACAUCUUCUACGGGCCUGAACACCCCGUAAUCAACCCCCUACAACAAGUUUACAAUGAGCAUUCCACUCUCAACCUCUUCUGCUCUGCCGUCUCUAAUCCACCUGCAAAGUUUUCUUGGUAUCUUAAUGGAGAGCUUCUGGCACGUCAGAACGAUUCUCACCUGGCCCAGCGUCUUACUCUGAAGAACGCUGGGAACUAUACUUGUCGAGUUGACAAUGUCGAAACUGGACUCUCCAAAGCCGUCGGACUGGAGAUCAGCAUCCGGGAGGCCAUCAAUCAUAUCUCCGUCAGAGACCCUGGCAAGAUUGUCGAGAAUAGCACAACCUAUCUCAACUGCACAGCCUCUGGCUUUAAUGUUUCCUACUAUUGGCUUAAGGGGAAGCAGAGGCUUCAGGCGGGGGCUCGCCUGUCUUUAAGCAGCAAUGGCCAAAACCUUAGCUUGAGUAAAACAAGCCGUCAGGAUUCGGGCCUCUACACCUGCUGGGGGAUUAACAGUUUCUCUAACAACUCCUUCAACUACACCCUGAAUGUCUUUUAUGGGCCUGAUGCCCCAGUCAUCAGCCCUAGUGGACAGUUUUAUGCAGAAGGCUCCAAUCUCACCCUCUCCUGUCAAGCUGACUCCAACCCACCCGCCAAGUAUACAUGGUCCUUCAAGAAGUCUACCCAUUCAGGGGGGAUCUAUCAGCUCUUUCGCUUGUCUUCCGCCAACAAUGGGACCUAUACAUGUGAGGCCUCCAACAACGAGACCAAACUCUCCCAGUCUAAAAUCCAGCCUGUCUGUGUCCUGGAAAAACUCUCAAAGCCAAUCCUGCGGCCUUCGGAGUCCCUUGUGCCUGAGAACACACGUUUCACGCUGAAUUGUAGCACCUCCAAUAGUUCCACGGUGAGCGUCACCUGGUCCAAGGACACUAAACCUUUCCCAACAAAUGUAGAAUUUGACCAUGGAAAACGAAUCCUCACGCUGCGGAAUUUCCAACAAUCGGACGCAGGGAAAUAUACUUGUACAGCCCAGAAUCUUUUCAGCGCUGCCACAAGCAACCCCAGCAUACUUACACUGGCAUACGGACCCAGGUCUGCUCAGUUGAACCAGUCAGGAAUCAUAGUUCAACCGUUGGGUUCCGAAUUGGUUCUCCAGUGUUCUGCGGAAUCCGUGCCUCCGGCCACGUUUGAGUGGUUCUUCAAUAACACGGUCAAGAAUGGGACAGAUGACACGCUCAAUCUUCACUUGAAGGACUGGGGAGAAGAAGGCAAUUACAGCUGCCAGGCCACGAACCCCUUCACCAAGCGUACCACUUCGGCCUCUGUCUAUGUGAAAUUGACAGAUGAGAGUGCAAUUCAGCCCCGCAUGUCGGUUGCAGUCAUUGCUGGGACAACUAUCGGUUCUGUGGCCGGUGUGAUGCUUUGCGUAAUCGUUGUGUACCUCCUGUGGACCAAGGCUUCCUGUUGGAAGGCGGAACAGCAAGUAUCCAAUGGAAACAUACCCUCGGCACCCGGCCACAACCAGGCCACUGAUACCAAGUCCAAAACGGUUGAAGAAGACAUACAAUAUUCAACACUAGCUUUUGACACAAAAAACACUUCGCAGCCACUCUCAAAACCUCCCCGGCCUUUGGACAGUGGUAUUGUUUAUUCCGAAAUCAAGAAAAAAUGAUUGUGGAUCGAUCUUUGCCUGUGGGGGGGAGGACAGGUUAUUUAACCCAGGAGCUCCCCCCCUCCCCUUCUGCUUCCUUCCUCUUUCAGCUGGAUUCUGGUGGCGAGCUUUUAUAGGGAAGAAGAAGGGAGGAUAAAUAAUGAUCUUCUCCAAAAAAAAACAGGAAGGGAGGGCAAGAAGCCCCUUGAUCCCGUGAUCAAUUAAUGUCCAGAUUGCCGCCCAGCCUCUCAAGUUGGAUGCAAAACAACAGCCACAGCGGAGUGUCUCUCUCCCCAGGAUGUAAUGAAAGGGUUAGCAGCCUUGUGCAAGAGACAACACAUACAUUUUUAUCAUGUUAAGACUUCCACGCGUGCGGCAGGGAGGCUGUUUCAUUUCCCCCCCUCAACAGGGCAGGAAGCAAAAAAAAACAAGAGGUUGCAUUUUGUUCUCUGCCUUUCCCUCCCAUUCUCGUCGCCUCGCUGUGAUUCCUGAGUUGUGCCAAACGGUUCUCUGUUGUGUUUUUUUGCAACUUGAGUUUGGUGUUGCCAGCCAGCUGUGGCUCCUACCCUCCAGGGCUUUUUCGUGCCACGUGAAAAAUAAAAAAUAAAAAAAAAUAAAUGAAAAGGUCUCGCUUCCUCAGAAAAGCAUCCGACGUGCUGCUGGUCCUCACUGAUUUUCAGAAGACGGAGGAGCUGGUGUCCCGUCCUUCCUCCCGGCCAGAUUCCUGCCCCUUCUAGGUCCUCAAAUAUCCCUUUUUCAUUUUUUUUUAAUCGAUAGGUAGAUCAAUUGGGCUUCUCUGAUCUGGAGGUUGCGGUGGGAAGUGGUGACGACAAAAAGGCAAUUUGAUUUUCCGUCUGGAACCGUCCCUUGUUUUCUCCAGAUCAGCUAGACAAAUUAGAAGACGCAAACAAAGAAAGAACAAUCAGCAGCCAGAGGGUGACGUGAGCGAUGAGGUCCCUAUUUAAAAAAAUAACUUCUCCCAAGUUUAAUUUGUUUAUUUAUUUUUUUUAGUCCAGCAAACUGGCAUUUGCUGAGCCAGGAGAGAAAGUAAAGGGUGAGCACUAGGACCGACUUGUUGAUAUCUCAACAAGGUUUUCCAUAAUUUUCCAGCACCAGAUGAAAACGUCUUUUGGGGAUUUUUACUGACAAUUCCAGAACUUUGGAGGAAACUCCCUGCAAAAAGCUUGGGAGACCAUCUCUUCUGGGCCUCUCCCAGCUCUUCAGGUGGACUCCUUCCCUCUGGUAGGAGAGUUGGGGGAGAUUGCACGGAGCUACAACGAGGAGCAGCUUUUAAAUGAUCUGCCAGCAUAGGAGAAUUGUAAAUACAGGGCCCAAACGUCCCCCGCUGCAGAAAAAUGCUCGAGCUUUGCAGAAAGGAAACCCGCCUCAUUGAAGGCAUCCAAGCAUGGAGAGAAGGCGUGUUUACCCAAGGGCAUCUCCUCAUUUGGGG